CCUCCCAUUCUCUCUGCAUCUUCCUCUUCUCCCCCAAUUCGCAACAACCAAUUCUCAAAAUCUUCAUCUUCUUCUCCAUUGUCUCGAGAACUAGGGUUUUAUACAUUUACCCAAACCCCAUUCUUCUCUUUCGUUCGUUCGUCAUUCCGAUCAUCUUCCGAAUUCACAACAACAACAUCUGAAGAAGAAGAUCUCAAGAAACAAUCCAAUUUCGCAAAUCUAGGAAAAAAAAAACAAAAAUGAGCCGUGCUAUUAUACGAAGUUUUAACCUACCGUUGCUGCAAGAAUCAUCAGAGAGCGACGAUGUAGAAGAAGGAGGAAGUGGAGAAUUCAACGGAGCUUCGUUUACUGGUGCGGUGUUCAAUCUCGCUACGACGAUCAUCGGUGCUGGUAUCAUGGCUCUUCCCGCCACGAUGAAGAUCCUCGGACUUAUUCCUGGAAUCGCGAUGAUCGUUCUCAUGGCUUUCUUGACCGAUGCUUCGAUCGAGUUCUUGCUUAGGUUUAGUAACGUUGGGGAUCAGAGAUCUUACAGUGGCGUGAUGGAUGAUUCUUUUGGCAAGCCUGGGAGAGUUAUGUUGCAAGUUGCGAUUCUCGUUAGCAACAUUGGUGUUCUGAUCGUCUAUAUGAUCAUCAUUGGUGAUGUUUUGGCUGGGAAAGAAGAAUAUGGAAUCCACCAUGCUGGUAUGCUUGAAGGAUGGUUUGGUAUCAAUUGGUGGAACAGGAGAACUUUUGUUCUUCUCAUUACUACUCUCACUGUGUUUGCUCCAUUGACUUGCUUCAAGCGUAUUCAUUCUUUGAGGAUCACAUCUGCUAUAUCAGUUGCUCUGGCUGUUGUCUUUCUUCUCAUCACUGCGGGGAUUACUAUCAUAAAGCUGUUUACUGAUGGUUUGAUGAUGCCAAGACUUCUACCUAAUGUCACUGACUUGUCCUCGUUCUGGAGACUCUUCACGGUUGUUCCAGUGCUUGUCAAUGCGUACAUUUGUCAUUAUAAUGUUCAUAGCAUACAGAACGAGCUUGAAGACCCCACUCGGAUCAAACCUGUUGUUCGAUCAGCUCUUGCGAUGUGUUCUUCUGUUUACGUGAUGACGAGCUUAUUCGGAUACCUCUUAUUUGGUGAUGGUACACUCGAUGAUGUUCUUGCAAACUUUGACACAGAUCUUGGAAUCCCUUUUGGUUUGAUUCUAAAUGAUGCAGUGAGGUUCAGCUAUGCAGCUCAUCUCAUGCUUGUGUUCCCUGUUGUCUUCUAUCCUCUGCGGGUUAACAUCGACGGCCUCUUUUUCCCUGCUGCUCCACCACUUACUUCCUCCGAGUCUGAUCUGAGGUUUGGCUCUAUCACUGCUGGUCUCAUUGCUGUAAUCUUCUUGGGAGCAAACUUCAUUCCAAGCAUUUGGGAUGCUUUCCAAUUCACUGGAGCAACUGCUUCUGUCUGCAUCGGUUUCAUAUUCCCUGCUGCUGUUAUCCUAAAGGAUCGUCAUAACCAAGCAACAAGACGGGACAAGACUAUAGCCAUUUUCAUGAUCGUCCUUGCGGUUUUCUCCAAUGCAAUCGCCAUUUACAGUGACGCCUACGCCUUGUUCAAGAAGAACACAUACAUAUUUCCAAUAUGAAAAGCAGAGGAUAUAAGUUUUGUUUCUUCUCUCACUCACUCUAUGUGAAACCAUAUAUGAAGAGAGUUACUGGUGUGAUACGAUGUGUUUUUAGGAUAUUUUGAACUACAUGAGAUUAGUUGUAGAAUCUCUGUAUAUAGAGAGACAAAGGGAUCAGUUUUUUACUUCUAUUCUUUUACACUGAAGAAUUGUAAAUACUUGCACA